AUGGUCGAUCAUAGUCGGAUGACCGUAGAGCAAAGGGACAGCGUAGCUGUCGUAAUCCUUACUUUUGUCGUCGUAUCUCUUAUAGGAUACACUCUUACCGUCCCCUGUCUAUGCUAUGCCGUACAGAAACACUCAGCAUCAGCUUUGGUACCUUAUCUUGUUUGGAGAAUGCUAUUUUCAGUAAUUAUACUCAUGGUCGUCAUAUGGCAGAGCACCACUUCACCUAAAAAACCGCUACUAUUUCGCUCAGCUUUUUAUGGCCGGCAAUUUCCUGUGGCUAUGACAGAGCAGGAAACUCGCAAAAUUACCACUAUCGUGCGUGCGAACAUUCUGUGUUCUGUAACAGCUCCUUGGAUAGCUCCAGAUCAGCCCAACUUUCUAGUAAUUGUAGCGCCUUUUUUAGCAAAAAUUGUAGCGUUGAGAAGCUGCGAUCGUAAGGAUAACUUUUAA